AUGAUUUUAAGGCGGUUUUUGUCCCGAGCCGCACAGGAGGCGCCGUCCAGGCCGUCUUUUUCGCAUAUAAAGGCGAAGCUCCAGCGCUUUGUGGAAAACGGCGAGAUUCAGCCGCUUCUGCCUGCUCAGGCUGCUGCUCAUAUUCAACAUAAGAACCGCCGGGUGGCGCUCAAUGCGGCGAAAAACCUGCUCAGUGCGCAGAAAGCGCUUCUUUUGAUAAGGUCGAAGUUCGACGCGGCGCUUCUCCGACGGGGCCUGCGUUCCCAGCCGGUGGAUUUGGAAAAACUCCGUCCUAGUGAUCUUGAGGUCACUCUGGAGAAGCUGCUUGCGGUGUUCGAGAACCUCAUGGAGAUGAAACGCAUCAGCAAGAAGAAGAUCCCGCCGAAACUCAUGCUUUUCUUGUGUGGCGUGGCACCCGAGGCGCUUCUAGAUCCGUUCAAAGUCACCGAAGCUGUGCUCAAGCUUCUAGAAGCCGAUAGAUCCACCGUCAGGGCCAUGGAGCUCUGCCACAUGGCACGUGGGAACGCCGUGGUGGCGCUGAACGCGUGUAUCCAGUGGUGCUUCGAACACGGCAAGGUGCAAAUGGGCAUGAAAGCGUUGCACGAUCGCAAAAAAUGGAUGAUACCGACCAACGAACAAACAUACGUCUUGUACUUUGACGGCUUGGCGCGGCACUUUGGCUGGGGCGGCGUGACCAAGACCAUGGCUGACGAUUUGUUUGGUCAGUUCCAGAGAGUCAAGAGACCUACGGUGAGUGUGUUCAAUGCCUGUUUGCUGGUUCUCAUGAAAAGCUUCUCCCACAACCAGCAGUACGCCAUGGAGCUUUUUGAGCUUGCCGAGGAGGCCAAGUCGUUCAGGCCGGACUGCCAGACGUUUACGAUUUUCCUUAACGGACGCAAGCACUUUAUUCAAGAGCAGGUUUCUCAGGUCAAGACAGCUUCCAACAUUUCUGCUGCAGAGCGUACCAGGAAGCUUUUUGCGCUUCAGGCGGAGCUCGUGGAGACGGCCGAAAACGUAUACAGAAAAGUCAUGGAACUGGCCAUUCCUCCAGUGCCUCCUACCAAGGCUGAAGCGGAGGCUGAUCCUGAGGUGCUUAAAAAGUACAGGGAGGAUAUCCAGGGCAUUCUCAUGGACAUUGAUCCCGUUUUUGCCUCCACCUUCGUACUGUGCUACGUUAACAAUUUUGCAGGCACCUCGGUGACGCCCAAUUCGGGAUCCCAUUAUCAGUACAUGCUCCAGGGUCUUGAGUACCUCCGGUUGUGGUGCCCCGAGGUGGAGCUGAUGUUGCAUUUUGCCAAGGAGAACGACGAGACCAGGGUGCUUGAGCCUUCGGCUGACGUUAAAAGACGGACAGACGAGAGAAUCGAGGAGGCUGCUGUGGAAAAUAAAGAUCUUCCAGAAACCCACGUCAAGCCGCUUGUCAAGGAGGAAGUGAACCCCUUGGUGGUUUUCCCGCCUCCGUUAUUCUCUACAAACAAGACCAGGGCCAUUUUCUCCGAUAAAAAGAAGCGUUUGGUGGACUUUUCUCGUCCUCGGUUUGCUGAUGUGAAGAGACUCGCUCAGCACCAGACGUACGUUUCUUCCCAGGGCAAAUUCGGUAAGAAACUCCCCCUGCUGGUCCACAUAUCGUUGGAAAAGGGUUUGGGCAUCAACAACUUCUUGUUGGGACACGCCACGGACUCUCUUUUGAAGAUUGGUGCUGUGAAGGAGUUCUACUUGGCCAUGUGGUACGCCUUGACGAAAUGGGGCGGUCUCUACGUCAGCCGUACCGACUUGAAAAAGGCCGUUUCUGACGGUUUGAGCUGUGGAGCGUUGCCUAGGUCUCAGUAUCCCGACUUGACAAGAGUGAAGAACGAAAAAGGCAAGUUUGACAUCAAGGAGUGUCUUGUGGGAGAUGAGGCCCCUACUAAGGACGAGGGCGAAUUUACAAAGCUUUCAAAGAACGAGAAGCAGGACUUGACGGCGCCCCAUGAAUGCACCGUCAUUGACCCUAUGCUCGUGGAAAACUUUAUCUACAAAAUCGAGGAGAACUUUCCCAAACGGUAUGUUCCCGUGAAGUUCAUCACUGAGCUUCUUGCGGCCAUAGUGUCUCCAGCGUCCAACAUCGGCAAAUCCCUCAAACCGAGGGACAAGACAUUCGAUGUGGUUUUUUCUAUCCUCAAAAGAGACAUCUACCACUACAACGAGAAGAAUCUCCACAAAGGUCUUGUGGCCAACCGCAAGAAAAAGCUUGCCAAUAACACCCCCAAAAAGAGUCUCACAAUGGAGCAGCUCAACGACUUGCUUGAUCCUUUGGCAGUGCUCAUGAAGUGUAUCAUGGUGGCCGAAUCAAGAACUUACGGUUUGGGCAAAAACAGACAGGCGCUCAUGCUGAACAGUUUUGUGGAUUCCUACAACUCGCUCGUCCAGCAUAUCACCAGCACCACCUGGACAGAUGCACCUGAAACCCACGACAAUGCGUUGGAGGUGCACAAGAAGAUUCUCGGAUCGGGUAUUUUGUUCUAUACACCUAGGGAGAUAUUCGAUCCUCGGAGAAACAUCGCCAAUGCCACGGUGGUGGGCAACUCCGUGCGUUUUGUGUACGGAAAGUUGAAGGACAGAGAGGACCUUGACGAGAAGCUGAAGCGGUUGAUGUUGGCGCUCAAGUCGUUUAUUCAGUUGGAGUCGAAGCUGGUCGAUGUGGAGCACAAACUCAAGGCUCUCCAGUGGAGGGUCUACAAUGCCUGUAAAUAG